GGACAGAAGAAGUGCCCAAACCACGAAUGCCUCCCCGACAGUCGCAGAUGAGUGCGAAGCAAUGAGCCAAGAGUCCAUCGUCCGCUUUGCUUGCCACGCAAAGUAGGACCGUAGUGAUCCUCUGAGCAGCGGUUUUGCGCUCUGAGCAGCGGGUUUGCGAUGAAACGAUAGCUGACAUAGCAAGAAGUAGGAUGCCUCGGGAAUUCUUCACAUUCCUCAGUGCAUGCGAAUCGGCCGCGGGAGACGAAGGUCUGCCGGACGAAAUUGUGCAUCUAACCGGGUCGAUGUUGUUUGCGGGACUCAAGUCUGGUGGGAACCAUGUGGGAAAUGUACGACUUGGAGGGGCCAGCGAGGCGAAGGAGGUACAUGAAGCACUGUUGAAGGGCGAAUAUGAGGACCCAGGGAUGAUUCCUCGAGCGCUCGAUUCAGCUAUUCGGAAGCUACGCGAAAGGGCUACCUCCGGGGCGUUGGGCCACCUUAUUUGUGUAUGGGUAUUUGAAGGAGCGGAGGUAGUGUUCGACGAAUGAUUGACGUCGCUCUGGGCCCAGCUCGGUGGUAGUUUAUAUAGACGGUUAGGUCGUGAACUCAGGAUCGCCUACAUUUGGAGUAUUUCUGCAAUGCGGAAAGCUUGCGAUGGUUCACUGAAGGCACCAAGACCGCUCCGGUACCCAGGGCUGCAGCUGAGCAAGCAAUAGCAUAGUAACUUCGUGCCCCGCAUUUCAUCUCGCCUCCCCCCCCUUCCUACUAAGUAUCAGAGACAGUCGUCGGUCGAACGGUCACCGGUCAUGUUUU